GAAGUGCAUGUUUGGGAUUUUGUUGAAGAAAGCUGGAUACAGUAAACGGAAAGAAUCUUGGAAGAUGCUUGACUGCUGUCUUUUCUCAGACUAGUCUGAAAGGGAAAACCCCAUUCAUUCUGGAUUGGUGGAUCUGAAGUACAAAAUAUUUUCCAGAACACUUCAGUUAUGGAAGAUCAAAAUGAAGAUGAGUCCCCAAAGAAAAAUACUCUUUGGCAGAUAAGUAAUGGAACAUCAUCUGUGAUUGUCUCCAGAAAGAGGCCAUCAGAAGGAAACUAUCAGAAAGAAAAGGACUUGUGUAUUAAAUAUUUUGACCAGUGGUCUGAAUCGGAUCAAGUGGAAUUUGUGGAGCAUCUUAUUUCACGAAUGUGUCAUUACCAGCAUGGACAUAUCAACUCUUACCUGAAGCCCAUGUUGCAGCGGGACUUUAUCACUGCGUUACCAGAGCAAGGUUUAGAUCACAUAGCAGAAAACAUCCUUUCCUACCUGGAUGCUAGAUCUCUGUGUGCAGCAGAGCUGGUGUGCAAAGAAUGGCAGCGAGUGAUCUCCGAAGGAAUGCUUUGGAAGAAGCUGAUUGAACGGAUGGUACGCACUGAUCCUCUGUGGAAAGGACUUUCAGAAAGAAGAGGGUGGGAUCAAUACCUGUUUAAAAACAGACCCACAGAUGGCCCUCCCAAUUCAUUUUAUAGGUCAUUAUACCCAAAGAUUAUUCAGGACAUAGAGACUAUAGAAUCUAACUGGCGGUGUGGACGACACAACUUGCAGAGGAUUCAGUGCCGCUCUGAAAAUAGUAAAGGUGUCUACUGUUUACAGUACGAUGAUGAAAAAAUUAUCAGUGGCUUGCGAGAUAAUUCUAUUAAGAUCUGGGAUAAAACUAGCCUGGAGUGUUUGAAAGUGUUAACAGGGCACACAGGCUCUGUCCUCUGUCUCCAGUACGAUGAACGUGUCAUUGUAACUGGCUCUUCAGAUUCUACAGUAAGAGUCUGGGAUGUGAACACAGGUGAAGUUCUUAACACCUUGAUCCAUCACAAUGAGGCUGUGCUGCACUUACGCUUCAGCAAUGGACUGAUGGUGACUUGUUCCAAGGACCGCUCCAUCGCUGUGUGGGAUAUGGCUUCUGCCACUGAUAUCACGCUACGCCGAGUCCUGGUUGGCCACCGUGCUGCUGUCAAUGUAGUAGACUUUGACGAUAAGUACAUCGUGUCUGCCUCUGGAGACAGGACCAUCAAAGUCUGGAGCACGAGUACCUGUGAAUUUGUGCGCACUCUCAAUGGGCACAAGCGAGGCAUUGCCUGUCUCCAAUAUAGGGACCGUCUGGUGGUCAGUGGAUCGUCAGAUAACACCAUCAGGCUUUGGGAUAUUGAAUGUGGUGCCUGCUUAAGAGUCCUAGAGGGACAUGAAGAGUUGGUCCGAUGCAUCCGGUUUGAUAACAAGAGAAUUGUCAGCGGUGCCUAUGAUGGGAAAAUUAAAGUUUGGGACUUGCAAGCUGCCCUUGACCCUCGAGCCCCAGCAAGCACAUUGUGUUUGCGCACCUUGGUGGAACAUUCUGGUCGUGUGUUUCGACUACAGUUUGAUGAGUUUCAAAUCAUCAGCAGCUCCCAUGAUGACACUAUUUUGAUUUGGGAUUUCUUAAAUGUGCCUCCUAGUGCCCAGAAUGAGACACGUUCUCCCUCCAGAACAUACACUUACAUCUCCAGAUAACAGUCUGCACUUUCACCCUUUUCAGGGUUUCCUAGUCUUGAACUACUGGCUACAUGGCUACCAAAUGCCUAAGGGAGUUCAUUCACAGCUAAGUUAUGGAGCUGGAAUUGGUUCUAGACGCUGGGUAGAUGCAAAGCAGCCUGACUCUUCAAGUACCGACAUUUCUCACCUCUGAUCCCGGCUCUACUAUGAGAAGGAUACUUUAGCUUCACUGACUUCCAGUAGACAGAAGCCCACUUCCUACCCCCACCCGUGAAAAAAAAAUCUAAUGCUUCAGAUGUAAAUUGUUCAUAUAAAGGGGCAUAACAGUCUGUUUUACAGAAGUAAAUCGACCGUCAAGAGAAGACUUGGCCUCUAAUUUAUAAUGCUUUGCACUUUGGUCUGAUACUAAGAAGCAGCAUUCUUCUUCAGUGAAAUUUUGGGUGCCAAACACCUACCCAGAAUGUCCAGGGCUUUCCUCUCAGAAGUUAGCAUUCUCCUUUUGAUUGUCCCAAGUUGUUAUGAUUUUGACUUAUAGUAGGAAUAUACAUGGUGGACAAUGGAAAAAUCUCUGGAUUGUUUUAGGAAUAUAUUUUGGAUUACGCUUUCUUUCUGUACUAGUUUCUUUUAAUUUAAAGAACUAUCAACCAGUUAUAUUAUCUCUCCCCAGGUAAUAUAGCUCUUUUCUUUUAUUAACUCUUCUCUGCUCCCAACCAUCUCCUGAUAUUUGGUAGAAUAACACCUUUAUCCAUGUGCUUGCCUCCUAAUUUAAAAUACUGUAUCCGCAUGUAGAUAUAAUGUACAUAACAGUUUAACCUCAAGGUUGCUGCAGUCGGGCCCCCUGUGCCUGAGACACUAAUACAGAGUGUGUUCACACUUAGCUAUGGGCUGGGCUCAAAAACCUGUUACCAGGGUUGAUAUGGAUGACCUAGAACCCUUUCUGCAGUAUUCAUACGGUGUUUUUAUUUUGUCACUGUCGUGUGUGUGUGUGUGUGUGUGUGUGUGUGUGUGUGGUUUUUAAUGGGAAUCUUGUUUUAAAAUCUAACUUCUAAAGUUUAACACAGGAGUGUUUUAUUUGUUGUGUAGGAUAUGCAAUAGAGAGGUACCUUAAUUUUUUUAUUUUCCUCAUAAAUACUCUGAGUACUAGUGGUCACUUCCCAUAGUAUUCAUUCGGCUUCACUGUCAAAAGCCGUCAUUCUGUGAAGUUGUAACCCUGAGAAGAGAA